AUGGCCAAAUCAUCUAUUGCAAAAAGAGGAAAGGGUUCCAAGAGAUCCUCUCCUAAACCAACUAAUAAUCUGGUUGGUUCUGUUGCUACCAAUGGGGAAAAACCAAAAACUGAAAGUAGAAAGUAUAAUUUUAUUAUUAGAACCAUAUGGACAUUUGUCAUGAUUAGUGGGUUUUUCAUAACUUUAGCAUCUGGUCACAUUUGGUGUGUUGCCCUAGUAUUAUUAUGUCAAAUCACCGCAUUCAAAGAAUGUAUUGCUUUGACAAGUAUAUCCAGCCGUGAAAAGAAUUUACCUUUAACAAAGACUUUAAAUUGGUAUUUCUUGUUCACCACCCUGUAUUACUUAUCAGGUAAACAUUUAUUCACUUUUUUCCAAACUGCUGUCUUUGAAAACAAAAUAUUGACAUGGAUGGCAUUGAACCAUAAGUUUGUUUGCUACUGUCUAUACGUUUUAGGUUUUGUCCUAUUUGUUUGUAGUUUAAGAAAGGGUUUCUUAAAGUUUCAAUUUGCCUCCCUAUGUGCUACACAUAUGGCAUUAUUAUUCAUUGUGUUUCAAGGUAAUUUAAUUACUAAGAAUAUUUUAAACGGUCUAUUCUGGUUCUUAGUACCAUGUGGUCUAGUCAUUGUCAAUGACAUUUUUGCUUAUUUAUGUGGUAUUACUUUUGGUAAGACUAAGCUGAUUGAAAUUUCACCAAAGAAAACUUUAGAAGGUUUCAUGGGAGCUUGGUUUUUCACUGCCAUUUCAAGUGUCAUCUUUACUAGAUUAUUGUCACCUUACAUGUAUAUGACAUGUCCAGUGCAAGACAUUCAUGCAAACUUUUUGUCUAAUGUCACUUGUGAAUUGAAUCCGAUCUUUUUACCUCAAAUCUACAGAGCUCCACCUAUUAUUUUUGAAAAAUUUGGUAUUUCAUCUAUUACAAUCAAACCAGUUUAUUUCCAUGCUUUGAAUUUGGCUACAUUUGCUUCAUUGUUUGCUCCAUUCGGUGGUUUCUUUGCUUCAGGUAUAAAGAGAACUUUCAAAGUCAAAGAUUUUGGCCAUUCUAUCCCAGGUCAUGGUGGUAUCACUGACAGAAUUGAUUGCCAAUUCCUAAUGGGCUCCUUUGCAAACCUUUAUUAUGAAACUUUCAUCUCAGAACAUAGAAUUACUGUUGAAACUGUCUUGUCAACCAUUUUAAUGAACUUGGAUGACAAAGAUAUCUUAGAAUUGAUCACUACUUUGAUUGAUGUUUUGUUUAAGAAAGGUGUGUUGAGCAAAAAGCAACACAAGAAAGUGGUUCAAGUCUUUGCAGAAGUUAUCAAAGCUCUAAAUUAA